CAUAUAUCUAGCUAGCUGCUAGCAAAAGCAAAAUUAACAGAAGCAAAGAGAGUGUUGUGAUCUCAAUUUCAAUUCAAGCUACUAUGGCUUCUUCUUCUUCUUCAUCGCGUUCUCAUUCGAAGUAUUCUGUCUUCUUGAGCUUUAAGGGCGAGACACGGAGAUCAUUCACCGAUCAUCUCUACACAAGCUUGUGGGAAGCUGGGGUUCUAACCUUUCGAGAUGAAGAAGAGAUCCGGAAAGGCAACGACAUUUCUGAUGAGUUGAAGCAGGCCAUUGAGGGGUCUGAGAUAUCCAUUGUUGUAUUCUCCAAAAAUUAUGCCCAAUCCAGAUGGUGCCUUGACGAGCUGGUGAAAAUGGUGGAGUGUAAACAGAAAUUGGGACAAAAGAUUCUUCCCAUAUUCUAUCAUGUUACUCCUUCAGAGGUUCGCAAACAGACAGGCGAGUUUGGUAUCGCACUGAAUCAACAUAAAGAGCAAUUUGGAGAAGAAAGAGUUAAUGGGUGGAAAGCUGCACUCACUGCCGUUGCUGAUUUGUCUGGAUGGGAUUUAGAAAUCAUGAAAGACGGGUAUGAGUCAGGGUUCAUCAAAAAAAUUACUGAAUGUGUGCUAAGGGAAUUGAAUCAUACAUACAUGAAUGUUGCAAGGUAUCAGGUUGGAAUUGAUUCUCGUGUGAAAUAUAUGGAGAAUUUUUUGCAAAGUCAAACAAAUGAUGGUGUGAAGAUGAUUGGAAUUUUUGGCACGGGUGGUGUUGGGAAAACAACCCUUGCUAAAGCUAUAUACAACAGGAAUUUUCUAAGGUUUGAAGGUAGUUGUUUUAUCGCAAACAUUAGAUCUGAAGUUUCUGGGGGACGACAUGAUGAUUUAGCUCGUUUACAAGAGAAACUUGUUCGCGAUACGCUCAAGAGAAAAAUACAUGAAAUAGAUAAUGUUGAUAGAGGGAUACUUUUAAUUAAAAGAAUACUGCCAUCAAAAAAGGUUCUUAUUGUUCUUGAUGACAUAGACCAUAGAGAUCAACUAAACUCGUUAGCAGGAGAACGAGAUUGGUUUGGUUCAGGCAGCAUAAUUAUCAUAACAACUAGAGAUGUUCAGUUGUUGAGUAACCUUAGAGCACACGAAAAGUACGAGGUCAACAUGUUAAGCUUGGAUGAAUCUUUGCAACUCUUGAGUUGGCAUGCUUUUGGUGCCCCUGUACCAUUAGAGGAGUAUAGUGAACUAUCCAAAACGAUGGCAAGUUAUACGAAAGGGCUUCCAUUAGCCCUUGAAGUCAUAGGUUCUCGUUUACAUGGUAAAUCAGUGCAAGAAUGGAGGGACGAUGCUGAGAAAUUAAAAAAGAUACCUAAUGGCGAAGUUCAAAAGAUUCUUAAAAUAAGCUAUGAUGCACUUGAUGAUGAUGAUACUCAGAACAUCUUCCUUGAUAUUGCUUGUUUUUUCAUUGGGGAUGACAAAGACAACACUGUUAAGAUAUUGGAAGCUUGUAAUUUUUUUCCUGGAAGUGGAAUCAAAACUUUGACAGAUAGAUGCUUGUUAACAAUAAAUGAAUAUGGAAAAUUUGAAAUGCAUGAUUUAGUUCGUGAUAUGGGUAGAGAAAUUGUUAGAAUGGAAUCCUCACAAGAGCCUGGCAAACGCAGUAGAUUGGUGGAUCCAAAGGAUGUCAUUGAUGUUCUUCAAGGAAAGAAGGGCACAGAUGCAAUUCAAGGGAUGAUUGUAAAUUCCAAUAUGUUAAGGGAUGUGCCUUUCAAUACCAAAGCAUUCAAAAGGAUGAAAAAUUUACGGAUACUCAUAUUGGAUGGUGUGUGUCUUAGUGGAUCUUUUAAAUAUUUGUCCAAUGAACUUAGACUGCUUAGGUUACAUGAUUGCCAUUUGAGUUGCACACCAUCUGAAUUUUUCUUUGGGAAACUUGUUGAGUUAAACAUGUCUCGUAGCAAUAUCAAUGAAUUUCAGCCCAAUAUGCAGCAUUUGAUAUGCUUGAAGAUUUUAAAGCUUGAUGGUUGUAAACUUAAGAAAACGCCAGACUUCACCGGAGCACAUAGCCUUGAGAAAGUAUCCUUUCAUGGUUGUUCAAAAUUGGUCAAGGUGCACAAGUCAAUUGGAAGUUUGAAGGAACUUGUUGAGUUAGAUUUCAACUCUUGCAGUGCACUAAAGGAGCUUCCAACUAACUUGGGAGACUUAGAGCAACUAAUUGAGUUAAAUGUUAGGCUAACUGCCAUCACAAUAUGCCCUUUUCUUUGGGAUGUUUGAGUAAGCUAAAGAACCUGGACUUGGGUUUACUACGAUCAAGAAGAACUACUCGUCAUUGUGCUGGUCGUGCUGCUUUACUUCCACCCUCGGUUGCUCAAUUAUGCUCGUUGGAAAGACAUUGUUCUCAUAGCAACAACCUGUAUGAAAUAGAUCUUCCAAUAGGUCUUGGGAGUUUGACCUCAUUGACAGAUUUACGUUUAUCAGGAUGUUUCUAUAUUCAAAACUUACCAUUCAGCCUUCGUGAUCUUCGUUUCUUGCAAAACCUCAACUUGGAUGACUGUCAAAGUCUAAGAGUACUUAAAGAUCUUCCUCCUACUUUGGAGUCGCUCUUUGCAGGAAAUUGUGUGUCAUUAGAAAAAAUAGAAGAUAUAUCAACCUUGCAAAGACUCUGACAAUUGUAUAUUCCCAACUGCAAGAACUUGGCUCCGCUUCCAGGCCUAGAGACUCUUGAAAACUUACAUUUGCUCGAGAUAAGAAAUUGCUGUCGUUUGACUCCUCCUUCAGUUGAAAACUGGUUUCCAGGAAAACCAUGUGUGACGGGCUGGCUCAAGCUUGAAAAGACGGUAAAAGGUUGUAUUUUCCCAACUGCAAAAGGUUGGCUGAGCUUCCAGGUCUAGAGAGAGUCUGGAAUCCUUACAAAUUGCAGUGCUUUGGGGAUGGAUUCCUCUGAUCAGAUUGAAAAGUGGUUGCAGGUGACAGUGUGAAGAUUUCGCUUCAAGUAUGUAAAACAUUUGCCUGUUGCAUUAUUCCAACGUUUUCGAGGCAUGGAUUCGUUUAUAUGUUUCUGAUGGACUUUUGUUUUGGUGAUUGCAAUAUAAUGGAGUUCUUAUCGCUACGCUACCAGAAGCAAAACCAGUGGCGCCUCAGCUUGGGUUGGAGAUAUAUGAAUAAUGCAGUGUGGAGAAGAAGAAGAAGAAGAAGCUAAGUAUGGAAGAUCAGAGUUGAUUUUGAGGUGGCAGUAAUGGUGGGGGAGAUGGCCAUUCCUGCAAUUUGAUCAACCUCAACUACAUUUGGUAGAGUAGCAUCAUGUUUGGGCUUAGCAACAACUAACCAUCAACUUUGGGGCGACAAGAAAAACUCACAGAUACUAUUUGUCUAUUUGAUGGUAUCCUAAAUUCUGUAGGAUGGGUUCAAAAAAAGGAUAUUUGUAAUAAUCAAAUUCAUAGUGUAGUUUUCUACGGGAAUCAUGUUAUUGCUUCAUCCCACUCAACUAUCUUUUUGGGACAUUUUUUUUUUCCUUUUUUAAUCCAUGGGUAUUGCAAGGAUGACAAAAUUUGACACCAUUCAUCUUGUUGAGUAAAUGUUUUUUAAAAUAAAGUUUAAUGUUAAUUUAGUAUUA